GCAUGUCCUUACAAUUCAAAACACCAGUGCCCACGUGUUCGUCGUUCCACUACCGCUUCACAUUCACACAAGAACAGAUUAGGCGCGCACCAAACUCCAAUUUUCACAUCAAUGGCGUACCCUCUCUCUUCCUCCUUCAACACUCGUCUCCCUUUCUUCCAUCGCACCACAUCACCCACACUAACAACACUACCACCACCUUCUCGAAUCUUCUGUUUCUCAAAGAACCACCACAUCCUCACAAAGGAGCAACGUGAUGAUGAAAAUUCAAUUGGUAUAAGUGAGAGGAUAAUGAAGCAAUUGAAGAGUGUGAUUCCUAUCUUAAUUGCUUCUACUGUUCAGUUGAGUUUUAUGUUUCCGUUGGUUGAUUCGGUUCCUUAUGUGUCUUCUCCUGCUGCGAAGGCAAUUCUGUAUUCGCCAGAUACGAAGGUUCCGAGAACGGGAGAAGUUGCUCUUAGAAGAGCCAUUCCUGCAAAUGCUAACAUGAAGGCUAUACAGGAAACUCUUGAAGAUAUUUCGUAUCUGUUAAGGAUUCCGCAGAGGAAACCUUAUGGAACAAUGGAGGGGAAUGUCAAGAAAGUUUUGAAGAUGGCGGUAAAUGAAAAGGAUUCUAUACUGGCAAGUAUACCAGAUGAACUGAAGGAAAAGGCUUCUUUGGUGCAUCAAACUCUAAUAGAUGGAAAGGGGGGUUUGCAAGUUCUACUUCAAUCUAUAAAGGAACAGGAUGCGGAUAAAGUAUCUGUGAACCUUCAAUCUACACUGGAUAUUGUGGCAGACCUAGAGACAUUACAGGCACCAGGACUAUCUUUUCUUUUACCAGGGCAAUACAUGCAAUAUCCAUGGCUUUCAGGAAGAGGAACUGUUGAGUUUGUCAUUGAGAAAGGAGACGGUUCAACAUUUUCUCCAGUUCGUGGAGAAGAGAAAAAAACUGCCACCAUUCAGGUUGUUUUAGAUGGAUAUUCAGCUCCAUUAACUGCGGGGAAUUUUGCAAAACUGGUGAUGGAUGGAGCAUAUAAUGGUAUAAAGCUCAGCUGUGCCAAUCAAGCUAUUCUCUCGGAAAAUGGAGUAGACAAAAGCAGUGGUUACAGUGUUCCUUUAGAAAUAAUGCCCGCAGGACAAUUUGAGCCCCUGUAUAGAACAACAUUGAGUGUACAGGAUGGAGAACUGCCAGUUCUGCCUCUAUCUGUUUAUGGAGCAGUUGCUAUGGCUCAUAACGAAGACUCUGAGGAGUAUUCAUCACCUUAUCAGUUUUUCUUCUAUCUUUAUGAUAAACGAAAUGCUGGCUUGGGAGGGAUAUCAUUUGAUGAAGGGCAAUUUUCAGUUUUUGGCUAUACCACCAUUGGGAGAGAUAUUCUCCCCCAGAUAAAAACUGGUGAUAUCAUUCGUUCCGCAACGCUUAUUGAAGGCCAAGACCGCCUUGUGUUGCCAAAGUAAAGUUGACUUGAUCUCUUGGUCUUGCGGUGCUCCCUGAGCAGGUACAAACAUUUCAUUCUUUGUAAUAUGUAUGCUGCAUGGCACCAGCCUGAUUUUCCAGAUGCAGGUUGUGUUGUAAAUUAUUACAAUAAUAUUAUGAAUCAAGAUUUAAAUAACGCCAUUUCAUUGUGAAAAAUAGAUUUCUUGAAGAGAA